AUGGUUUUUGUGAAAUCUAUUGAUGCUUCAGAUUUGGUAAAAGAUGCUAGGACUUUGUUCUCGUUGUUCUGUGAAGUGAUUGAGUGGGUUGGUCCCAAGAACAUUGUUCACAUAGUGAUUAAUAAUGCUGUAAAUUAUGUAGCAUGUGGCAAGUUGAUUAAGGAAAAAUAUAAAAACAUUUAUUGGUCACCUUGUGCUGCACAUUGUUUGAACCUUACUCUAAAAGAUAUAGCAAGCUUAGACAAUGUGUCAGCACUUGCUACUAAGGCAUCAAAGAUAACUGUUUUUGUUUAUAAUCAUAUGAUCUUCUUGUCAUGGCUUAGGAAAAGACCAGGUUGGAAAGAAAUUAUGCAUCCUGGUGCAACAAGAUUUGCUACUACAUUUAUCACGUUGCAUAGCAUAUAUAUGCAUAAGCAUGACUUGCAAGCUUUGGUAACUGAUAAGCACUUUGUAGAUCACAAAUUGUCAAAGACUCAAGCUGGAAUAAUUGUUACUGCUAUCAUAUUAGAUAAUGGCUUUUGGGGUGAUUGCUUAAAAAUUAUGAAGGUUGUGUCUCCUCUUAUAGAGUUGUUGAGAAUUGUGGAUUCAGAUGAGAAGCUUUCUUUGCCUUAUGUUUAUGAAGGCAUGCAAAGGGCAAAAAAGGCAAUCAAGGCAACAUUCAACAAUAAGAAAGAUUAUUACAAGCCUUACACAAAUAUUAUUCAAGCUCGAUGGGAUAAGCACUUUGAGACAAAUUUUCAUGCAGCGGUGUAUUUGUUGAAUCCUGCUUUCUUGUAUGAUGAGAACUUUAUUCACAAGAGAAGGUUAAUGGAUGCAAUGCUUGACAUGUUUAAGUCCAAUGAAAAUGAAUGGUGGUCAUUCUAUGGAGGUUCUAUUCCAGAAUUGCAAACUCUUGCAAUGCGCAUUCUUAGCCAAACUUCUUCUUCUUCUAGCUGUGAAAGAAAUUGGAUUGACUUUUGGGUGGCUGAAAAAGAGGAAGAGCCAGCUCUUGAGUUUGAUUCUCAAGAUGUUGCAAAUCUUGAAAGUGUCAUUCACAAUGAAACCACAGCUGCUCCAUCAACCCUUAAGAGGGAUUAUGAAGGUGAUGAAUAUAUGAAUAUUCUAGAGUCCCCACCUUUGCCUAAUGUUGCUAGUGGUUCUGGUUUUUCUCAUUCAACUCCUAAUGUCUCAAUGCCUGGAGAUUUGAAUGAAGUUAAUGAUGAUUUUAGUGUUGAAUAUGAGAGGGAAAAACAAUUCAGAGAUAUUUGUAUUACUGAAUGA